CUAACAAUUAUCAUCUCUAAAUCAUUAUAAUAUCUCCAUAUUUUGAAUUGAUUGUAGGCAAGCAUCAAUAUUUAAUUCUUCAACAAAAAUGGCCGAUUCUGUUGAUCGUGUAUUUGUCAAGGCAAUCACUACUAUAAGAGCCUUAUCAACUCGAUCCAAUUAUGGAUCAUUGCCUCGUCCACCAGCAGAAAACAGAAUUAGAUUAUAUGGAUUAUAUAAACAAGCUACAGAAGGUGAUGUUAAUGGAAUAAUGCCACGUCCUAUUGGAUUUACAGUUGAAGAUGAAGGAGCAAAGAAGAAAUGGGAUGCAUGGAAAAGAGAAGAAGGACUUUCUAAAACAGAAGCUAAACGUAGAUAUAUCUCAUAUCUUAUUGAAACCAUGAAAGUGUAUGCUAGUGGAACUCAUGAAGCAAGAGAACUUUUAAGUGAUCUUGAAUAUUUAUGGGAUCAAAUUAAAGAUCUCCCACCACAAGAUGAUGAAGAUAAUGAUCAUGAUCGUAUUUCACUACCUUUACCAUCUUAUUCACCUUCUUUAAGUCAAGCUGGCCAAUCUGAUCGGUUUUCAACUGUAACACCUCAACAACAACAAUAUAGGAGUAAUUUACAAAAGAUAUAUAGUCAUUCCAGAAGAAAUACAUCACUUUCUAUAAAUGAAUAUAUUCAACAACAAAGACUUCAUCAAUCUCAACCACAAAGUCAACUUUUAGGUGAAUCUUCACUUAUUGAACAUCAUGGUGGUCAAGGUGGUCAUACUACUAAUUCAGUGUAUUCCUUGCCACCCAAUAUACGUUCAUCAAAUAAUCAACAGGCAGGUCCGUUGGUUAAUGGUGUUAGUAUUGAAGAUUUUAAAAACUGGCAACAUGAAGUUAAUCUGGUAAUAAAUACAUUGACAAGACAAGUAGUUAGAGAUAGGCAUCAUUCACAAGACCGAUCUAAUGGACAAAUCAACAAUAUUAAUAAUAAUAAUAUAUAUGACGGUUUAGAUGAUAUACAAAUUUUAAAGCAAAAGCUUUUAAAAACUGCUAAAUUCUUAGGUAAACAUUUCUUAACCUUCCUUAAGAAUUUCUCCGUUAGCUUAUUAGCAAUUCUUUUCAUAGUAUGGUGUUUUAAGAAAAAUGUCAUUGUGAAAAAGACACUAGUUUCACAACCAAUUGGGACUAAGGGUAAACAAAAGAAAGAAUUGAUCAUAAAUAUGAUUCUUAAUACUGAUGAAAAUAAAUGGUUUAUAAGAAUGUUAAGCUUUAUAAACAGUUUUGUUGGCUUUGUAUAGUACUAGGUAGUAUUUUAUAUUAUAUUUUUUAAUUAUUUUAUUAUUUAUUUAUUUAUUUAUUUAUUUCAAAUUCAACUCAGC